GCUCAUAUAAUUAAUUUUCGUUUAAUUCUAGGCGUUACUAGGUGCUCACGAUGAAAUAGGACUAAUAUAUGAUUGUCACCAUAACCAUUUUGAGAAAUCUGUAGAAAAAUUUGAUCUUCUUUCGUAUCCUAAAAACUAUUACCUUUUCUCUUCUGAAAUACUUUCUGGUAAAAUGCCAGUGGAAGCAAUGCGAAUAGUUGGGCUUCGACGUGUUGAAAACAAACCUUUAGGAUUUACCGUUGAAGUUAAUCCGCAAAAGCUAUUGGUAGUUGCGCGUAUUCUUUCGGGCGGAAUUAUUGAGAAACAAGGCCUCUUGCACCCGGGCGACGUGAUACUAGAGAUUAAUGGAAAUCGAGUUAAUACUCCAGAAGCUUUGCAAAUUGAAGUAUCUCGGGCUAAAGAAAAUCUUACUCUAAAAGUUGCACCACAUGCAGAUGAGAUUGUUGGAGAAUGCUCUAUUUCGAACUAUGAUACUACUGAAAGGCCAGGAAAAAAAUUGAUGUGCUUUAUGCGAGCUUUAUUCGAUUAUAAUCCAUUGGAGGACUCGCUGCUGCCUUGCAAAGAUAUUGGAUUGCCUUUUAAAUCGGGUGACAUUUUACAGAUAGUAAGUGUAAAAGAUCCGAAUUGGUGGCAAGCAAAAAAUACGCAUGAACAAUCUGAACGAAUUGGUCUGAUACCUUCACAGGAAUUAGAAGAACGACGUAAAGCUUUCGUAGUACCUGAAGCUGAUUUUGCCCACAAGAUUGGUUUAUGUGGAACCCGGGUAAGGCUUAUAUUUUGUUAUCUGAAAGGUUCGGUUUCUAAACGUAAGAAAACAACGAUGUACAAAUCCAUAGCAAACUGUGAAUUUGAUAAAGCCGAUUUGAUGUUGUAUGAGGAAGUAACUAAAAUGCCGCCGUUUCGAAGGAAAACUCUUGUUUUGAUUGGUGUUCCAGGAGUUGGUAGACGCACCUUGAAAACUCGCCUUGUCAAUAGUGAUUCGGAACGCUUCGGCUUUGUUUUACCACGUAAGUCCUAAUAAUAUUAUAAAUGU